AAUAAGUAGCGUGAUUGUGCCAUUAAUGUUGCAUUAGUGUGUUGCACUCCGUAGUUUCGGUGCAUUAAUUUCUCUACCCACGAUGCGAUAGAUAGUAGCGCGUAGAACGCGUCUUGACAAGUUGCACGGCCAGAGAAAUAUCCUGCUGAAAUCGAGAUAUUCUUUUUUCCUCUUGCGCCGUUUCGAGCAGGAUUUCGAACGAUCGCAAACACGCACUUGUAAAGGUUAGACAUAAUUAGGAAAGAGGAAACCGCACAGCCAUAUAGUUCGAUGCAGCUUUGAUAAAAUAGAUUGUCAGGCUUGUGCGCAGGGAGUUGAGCAAAAGGCGAAAAUGGAUAGUAGUAAAGCGGAUGACGAAAAUCAACGUAAUAUUAAUGAUGGGGACUGGAUUUGUCCCGACUCUCAAUGUGCCAAUGUAAAUUUUGCAAGGAGAAACUCUUGUAAUCGAUGUGGAAAAGACAGAGGAGAAUGUCCUAAAAAGAAAAAAUUGGGGCAAGAAAUUGGCAAAGCAGCUGCAGAGAAAAGCAGAGGGUUAUUCAGUGCUGAUGAUUGGCAGUGCAGUAAAUGUGGAAAUGUAAACUGGGCACGACGACAACAGUGUAACAUGUGUAAUGCACCGAAAUUCGGAGAAAUUGAAGAACGUACAGGAUAUGGAGGGGGAUAUAAUGAUCGAGGAGUCGUUGAAUACAAAGAAAGAAGAGACGAUGAUGACGAAUAUGAUGAAUUUGGACGUCGUAAAAAGAAACGGAAGAUUGAAAACCGUUCAGAUGACGAUUCCAAAGAUUCUAGGUAUAGCAGCCCACCACGUAACAAGUCUAAGGACGAAGAUGAAAGAGAUGAAGUAGAUGAAGAAGAUCAAAAUAACGAAGAUGAGGAGGAAGACGAUGAAGAAGAUGGCGAUUUAUCAAAAUACGAUCUUAGCGAAUGGGAUGACUUCGCAGUUAAGAAAAAUACAAAUGGGAGCACUGCAUCUUUAGAAGAGCAACAAUCAAGAGAUAAAGAUGACUGGCGCGAUUCAGGAACAUCCAGUCAAUGAAAAGAUAUUGCAGAAGGAAAGGUUUGACAUGGGUUUCGGGUAUAAAAUUGAUUGCGACAAUGAAUUGCGAUAUUAAUCGAUAAAAUUGCUAAACGGCACUUUUGUUUUAAACCUCUUAGAGAUAGAAAUAUCCCUUGUCAUGAGCCAGUAGAUGUUUAGAAUCAUAAUGGCAUGGUUAAAAGGAAGAUAUAGAUUUAAAAAAGCCCGAAGGAAAUCAUGGUAUAAUACUCGUUAAAUAAAUGAUUUUUUACAGGUGAGAAGAAAUUCCAUGAGCGAAAAAAAUUGCUCGACUACUAAGAGAUAUAAUACAACGCAACAAAUUUAGUGAUUUAGUGAGCACCUUUGGAUAAAGUGAUGGACAAUAUACUUAUUACAAAGGGAAUCGAUUAACAAAUAUGCUUUACAUUUCGUGAUUGAACUCAAAACUUCGUUUGACUCUGUGAAGAGUGAAAUGUAGGUUACUUAUUUGCGCAAUAUCGUAUUAAAUAUUGCAUAGUAAAGCGAAAAUUCGUAAAAUACUUGGCGCAGGUAGAAUAUUUUGCCAGUAAAUGAAAACAAGAAAAAGAAAACACAAAAACAGAAUGAAACCUAUAAUUCUGACAUAACUUUGUGGAUGAUGUGUUACACGACUCGUUGUAAAACCUCUGAAUUACGAACAUAGAUGAAACCUUAUUUCUAAUUCAAAAUAUAAAGUCUUUGAGAAAGCUCUCUAUCAUCAUGUCACACUUUUAAAAAAUUUUUUCUAUUUACGCUAUCACAAAAUUUAUGACAUUUUCGUUACCGCUUCACUUUAGUUCGCUCAAAAUAUUGCUCAAGCUGCUUCAAAUAAAAUUUUUUUUUUCUAUAGUUUACUUUCCUACCUCGCUCUUUCUCUUACUUUCUCGCUCACUCUCUCUUUCUUUUCUCUUUUUUCAUGCAUGAUGUCUAAUAAUUAAAUAAACAUAAUAUAGUAUUAAAGAAUCAUUCCCUAAUGAAUAUGGAUAUGUAUCGACACCUUCAGAAAACAAAAGAUACAUUUUUUUUUGUUUUGACUAUCACAGAUCCGAGUAAGUUGGAAGCAGCCUGUUUUAUAAACUAUUGAAAAAAAAAAAAAAAUCGCCACAUAGUGUUAUUAUGUCUGAAAAUCUGUGCUCGGUUCUCGACAGGCAGAACAAAAUAUAUAAAGUUAUCAAAAAGAUUUUUGUGACGCCCAUUCUCUCAAAUAACUACGAAACUCAUUAUCGAUCAAUUCUGAUACUGACUUCUUGUAAAUAUCUUUAUUUUUCAUUUAUAAUAAAAAUCAUUCAUCAACAA